AUGUUUAUUGCAGCUGACAAAUAUAAGUCAGCGCCUAAGAAGUGUUAUAGGACGACAGUCGGUAUCUGCCAUUUUGUAUGGCAAAUUAAGGAGUCAAAAUUUGGUUGGUUAUUUAUGGAUUUUGAGUAUCGAGAGAGAUUAUUAGAAGCUGUAUGGCCUCAUAUAGAGUCUUUUAAUUGUUUCUUAUUGACAGGAUUAAGUAAUAUUGUAAUAAAUUUGCCAUCUAUUUAUAUAGAUUCCGAUUAUGUUAUAGAUGACUGCGAGUUAAAUGUUGGAUAUAUCCCUAGAGAAUAUUUAAGAAUUAAAGUAACUUGUAUAAAAGUUGGUAAACCAAUUUUUGGAUCUACAGAGUCUUCUAAUACGAAGAUGUACCCAUGCAGUGCUAGAAAUGGUCACCUGAGUUAUAGUGCACCCUUAUGGAUUGAAUUUGAAUGCUAUAAUUCGUCUUCAAAAAGUUCAGUCAGGCAUAAUUUAUUUGCAGGUUCUAUACCAAUUAUGGUUCGGAGCUUAGCAUGCCACCUUUAUAGUUUGAGUCCUAAUGAAUUGGUUGCAAAUGGAGAAGAUCCCAAUGAAGUUGGUGGUUACUUUAUAAUUAAUGGAAAUGAGAGAGUUAUUAGAUAUGUUAUUCAACAAAGGUGUAAUUAUCCAGUUGGAUUAAAAAGAUCCAGAUUUACAAGUAGGGAUAUUUUUGGAACAGAAUAUGCUAUAUUAUUACGUUCAUUAAGAAAUGAUGGGACAUCUACUGCAAAUUAUUUGUAUGGUACAACUGAUAAUCAGUGUGUAUAUCGUAUAUUAUUAAAUAGACAAGAAUGGUUAUUGCCAUUUUGGAAUGUUUUACUUGCUGUUGGUUCUAUUUAUGAUGCAAAAACGUUGAGAAACAAGAUUUUACAGUAUUGCUGCAAUACUCGGGAUGAAUAUGACCCUCUUUAUGGUGUCAUAAAUAUGUUGACUAUAGAAUGGGGACUUGAUAAUUCAAGUGGUGUAGAAAAUAGUGUAAUACCACCAUCUUAUGAUGGUGCAUUUGGUGAUAUUGAAAUUAUUGAGAACAGGCAUCUUCAUAAUUUAGGAAAGUUAGUUUGGGAAGGUGUAGUAUUUUAUUUACCUCCUGGGAGCUUAUACCAGGAUGCAGGAAGAUUUAUAAUUGAUAAUCACAUAUUAGUUCAUUUACCAGAGUGGAAUGCAAAGCUUGAGUGUUUAAUAUUAAUGUUUAUAAAACUACUAAAGCUUCAAUAUGGACAAAUUCGUGAAGAGUCUAUAGAUUCAUUUGCAUAUCAAGAAAUUCUAUCUUCUGGUAAUUUAUAUGCUUCUGUUCUUAAGGAUGCAAUUUUCAGUUUUCUUCAAAAGAUUAGGAUGAUUUAUAUUACUGAAAUAAGGAAUAGGAAUUCUUCAAAAAGUGAAAAAGAAGCAAGUGAUGAGUUACCAUUACCAUAUUCUUCUGCUGCUUUGGAUCUUUUAAGGGAUGAUAGUUUUUUCAAGACUAGUUUGAUUCGCAAUAUUUCUAUGAUACCUAAACGUAUACAAUACUUUAUGGCAACUGGAAAUAUUAAGACAACUCAAUUAGAUCUUCAACAACUCUCUGGAUGGACUGUUGUUGCAGAUAGACUCAAUUUUAAUAGAUUCUUAUCUCACUUCAGAGCUGUUCAUAGAGGUCAGUUUUUUACAACUAUGAAGACAACAGAUGUAAGGAAAUUAAUGGGAGAGACCUGGGGAUUCUUAUGUCCAGUACAUACUCCUGAUGGUGAACCUUGUGGUUUAUUAUUACAUUUAUCACAAGAUACCAUUCCAGUGACACAAUUUGAGAUUCAGAGUACACUUAAAAAUUUGAGAGAUUAUUUAGUUGGGCAGAAUAUACCUUGUGAUGAUGGAUUAGGAACUUUAUCAAUUCAAUGGGGGAGUCUAAAUUUAGAUGAUAUAUAUGUUCCUGAUUUGUCGAAAUCAGUACCUGUUAUGUUGGAUGGGAGGGUUAUGUUUCAUAUUCCAAAAUUAAAAUUUACAUUCUGGCAGGAGAAGUUGAGGAAUUUGAAGUGGAGUAAAACUCCUUCUAUAUUACCAGUACAUACUGAAAUAGCCUGUAUACCACCUGAUUGUGGAGUAUUUAGUGGAAUAUUCAUGUUUACAGCUCCUGGAAGGUUAGUAAGGCCAGUUUUACAUUUAAAAUCUAAUAAAAUUGAUUGGAUUGGACCUCUUGCUCAACCCUGGAUGGAUAUAGGCGUAACCGAAGAAGAGACUCAAAAAUCCAUUAAACUAUACAAUCUACAAAUGAAGCUUUUUGGAUUAUACAGAAAUGACAAUAUCACAUCUGAUAUAGAGACCACAGAUAAUAUGGAUAAAAAUCAGAUUGAAGAAAUGAUUAAAAAGGAUUAUACUCUUGGGUGUAAUCCAGUAAUGUAUACUCACCAAGAACUUCAUCCAAGCACUAUUUUAUCAAUUACAGCGAGUUUAAUCCCCUAUGCUCAUCAUAAUCAAAGUCCAAGAAAUAUGUAUCAAUGUCAAAUGUUAAAACAAACUAUGGGUACUCCAUGUUAUAGUUACCCGUAUAGAACUGAUAACAGGAUGUAUAGAAUAAUUACCCCUCAAAACCCUUUAGUUAUAACUAAAGGAUAUGCUUCUUAUGGAUUUUCAGAAUAUCCAACAGGUACAAAUGCUAUUGUAGCUGUUAUAUCACAUUCAGGCUACGAUAUGGAAGAUGCUAUGGUUUUGAAUAAAGCAUCUUAUGAAAGAGGAAUUUUUCAUGCUUGUGUCUACAAAACAAAAAUCUUGUUUGCAGCUCCUAAUUCUGUCAUAAAGAAGAGUGAUGCUGAAUCUUAUAGAUUUCAUAAUAUUGGACCAGAUGGGAAGUUAGUUAUUAAGGAAUUAGGGGCUGAUGGAUUACCUAUGAUUGGCCAAAAAUUAGUUAAAGGAUCUCCAAUGUGUAGAGUUGAAAAAUUGGGAUCUGGAGGGGUCAUCUCUAAUGCUAUAGUUCAAACUUACCAUGAUGAUGAGGAAGCUUAUGUUGAGAAGAUAAAUAGAGUUGGAAGUGGUUUGUCUACUGAAUCACAUUCAGAUUCUACUUUAGGGGGAUCUGGAGGACCUGGAGGAUCUGAAUAUAGUUCUGGAUAUGGCGAAAAGAUAUCUUUAAAGCUUAGAAUUGUAAGAAAUCCAAUGGUUGGGGACAAAUUUGCUUCUAGGCAUGGACAAAAAGGUAUCUUAUCAAUGUUAUGGCCUCAUGAAAAUAUGCCUUUUGGUGAAUCUGGAAUAGUUCCUGAUAUUCUUUUUAAUCCACAUGGGUUUCCGUCUCGUAUGACGGUUGGAAUGUUGAUUGAAUGUAUGGCUGGAAAAGCUGCAUGUUUACAUGGUGCAUCUGCUUUAGAUGCCACUCCCUUCCAUCGAAAUAUAACGGACAAACAAACUAUACUAGAGGAUAAAGAAAUGGGAAUUGAUUUAUCUAAACAAUCUACUGUAGAUUACUUUGGAAAAGCCUUAUUGAAAACUGGAUUUCAGUACUUUGGUUGUGAACCUUUAUUCAAUGGAAUGACUGGGACUGAAAUGCCUUGUCAUAUAUUUAUGGGAGUUAUAUAUUAUCAGAGAUUACGUCACAUGGUUGCUGAUAAGGCCCAAGUCCGUUCUACAGGUCCUAUUGAUGCAUUAACUAGACAACCAGUUAAAGGACGCAAACGUCAUGGUGGUAUUCGAUUUGGUGAGAUGGAAAGAGACUCACUAAUAUCUUAUGGAGUGAGUUCUAUUAUUGCAGAUAGACUCCUAAAAUGCUCGGAUGAACAUAAAGCUUAUGUCUGCCCAUAUUGUGGAUUAAUUUUUUCUGCUAUAUUACCUAGAAAAACAACAAAUUUCCAAAACAGAUUGGCCACUACACUACCUCAUGUUGCUAUUUGUAAAGUUUGCAAAACUCCCUGUAGAUUAAUUACUUUACCUUAUGUGUUUAGGUAUUUAUGUAAUGAGCUAGCUACAAUGAAUAUUGUUAUUCGCCUUGAGUUAGAACAAGAAGAUGUCCCAAUUUCAAUAAGAAGUAUAAAAGAUAAAAGUAGUUAA